CACACAAAACCAGUUGUUUGUUGUUUCCCAGAAGUGUCGCUGUGUGUGUUUUUUUCUGUUCCUGUGAGUUUGAGUCGGAGCGGAGGAGAAGACGAGCAUCACCAACAAGAAAGAAAGAAAGAAAGAAAGAAAGAAAGAAAGAAAGAAAGAAAGUAGAGAGAGAGAGAGAGAGAGAGAGAAGUCCUCGGCUGUAAUUGGCAGCAGGUGGGAAUUCAUGUCUGUAUUCUCCCCGCAGAUUUACUGCCCAGUGUUUGUGCCCAGCCGAGAUAUGACUGAGGUGAUGAUCAACACCACCCCCAUGGAGGACAUGAGGCUCAGCCCCAGCAAGGACAGACUCUCCUUCCAGAUAUUCCCCGACCCCUCGGACUUCGACCGCUGCUGCAAGCUCAAGGAUCGCCUGCCGUCCAUCGUGGUGGAGCCGACAGAGGGAGAGGUCGAGAGCGGAGAGCUUCGCUGGCCACCGGAGGAGUUCCUCAUCAGUGGCGAGGAUGAAGAGGAGGACGACGACGAAGAGGAGGAGGAACACAAUAAUGGCGGCAUCCAAAAUGGACAGGCCACGCAGAAUUCUCAGCACUAGAGGCCGCGCUGAGGCACCCACGCUCCCCUGUUCUGUUUCUCUCUGGUCCACGCUCCCUGUCACACACUGGUUACACUUCACCUCAGCACUCGGCGGACCGACACCUGCCGGACGCACGUGCAGUGUCUCGUGAAGCCAUCUCGCUGCCCUUCGACACCAAAGCAUCACUCCUGCAAGAGAAAGCAACACAAACACACACACACGUUCUCACAAUAAUUUAUCCUCCUGGACUCAAACGCACCCAAACUGACUUGAAAAGAACACACACACACAAACAAACACCCACUUCCUACCAUGCCUCCCUACCACUGUGUGUGUGUGUGUCUCGGCCCAGAACGGAUGUCCCGUGUGACGGCGGCAGCUCAGUGCCUCACGGACAGGUCUUAUGCUGCAGAAGGGGGGGGGGGGCCACUACCGCUCUGUACCUUACUCCAAAAUGGCCGGCGUCAUGACCCCAGAGACUUUAUACUCGCAUACAGAUCCAAUUGUGGUACCCGUGUGGGAUUAUUGUCUACAGCUCACUGUUUCGGUUUCUGGAUUGAUAUGAUUAUUGUGAUCGCCACAGCUGUCCAUAGAUUUGUUAAGUUUGGGGAUUUGCCUUUGUGGGGUAUUUUGUGCAAAAUGUUACUUGGGUUUUAUUUUUUUAACCCCCAUCACAGGAUUUGUUUAAGUUAUAUAAAUAAAUAAAUGUCUGCAUUUACGAUUAAAAAGGAAAGAUUUAAUCAUCUUAAAUGAAUUAGGUGAACGUUAAAGAGGGCGGGAAAAACAGUUAUGAAUGCUUAUGUCAUAAAUUAGUUUAGGACAGAGUCAUGCAACGAUCGUCAUCGCUCCUGUUAUCAUGGGACAAACUGCAGGUCAAUGACAAGGCAAAGAUAAUGUGACGUAAGCGGCUUGUCCAGAAGGCGAGAGCUCGCUAAACCACGAGGGGAGAUUGAAAUGUACAGCCCCGAUGAAGGAUGUGUAAAUACUCGUUCCCCUGAGGCCUUUUUUGUUGCUGUUAGUUUUUGUUCUCAGCAUCUUCGUAUCGCUCUGAGCUGAACGCAUCUGAAUAGAAACUUUCACUUUCCUGGUCUUCCUGUUCUUUAUUUUCUUUUUUUUUUAAAACGGCUUUAUGUCUAACGUUGUGAAGUUCAGCUCACGGGGGGGAAUUCAGACUGUAGGACGAAGUUCACAAACAAGGAUGCGGACGGUAUGUGACGCAGUAUUAAAAGAGUUAGGUCCUGUUAGUGGGAAAUCUCACUCGCUCUCAUUCUAUUCACCCGUAUUAAAAAUGUGGUGGGGUUGGUUUUUUUCUUUUCUUUUCACUUUUUAGAAACGCAACAAACUGUUUGUGAAAAGUCUUGUCGGUCAAUACGUGGAUCUGUGAAUCUGAAAAACUGUCGUACAAGCAUGACUGAUGUACUAUGUCCCUGUUCUCUUUCCGUAGUUUUUCAUUCGAGUGGCAUUAGGGCUCCGUACAAAACAUCUCUCUCUCUUCGUCCGUCACCCACAGGUCCCACAUUGUUUUUGUAAAGCUCAGGGAGAUUAGCCGCCAUCUUUCUCUUGUUUUUUUGUAUUUAGACCACUUUUCUCUGUGACAAUUACAGAGGCUGUAAAUAAACAUUUGAA